AAGGUGGGAGUGUAGCUGCGUACAAUGCGUACUUCAGUGCCUCAGUGUAAGUUGAUUGUGUUUGUUGUACGAGGUGGCAGUCAUGGAUGACCAGUGCCAUGUGCUAAUUGAUGACGCAUGUCAAGAGCUGCCACAAGUGAAUCAACAAAAACAACGUGGUGUUCCUGCAAACAAAGUGAAUUGAUACAUUGGCGCACCACUAACGAGUUCUCUAAACUACCCCCAAGAGGACAGGAGGCUUUCUUUAAAUAUCUACGAAAGGGCUGUUACUCUGAAGAUAAAGACAUAAUAGAUGUAGAUGUAACAGCAGAAGGAAUGAAUAACUCCUCUAGGCGGUACCAGUUUUGGCUGAAAUGUCAAGGGAUAAAUUUAACAGACCUUUUUGUGAUUUAUGUGGAUGAUGAUGAGACUAAGUUACCAGAUGUGAAUACAUGUUUCACAACAUUUAAGAGCAAAAAUAAUGAUAAAAACAUAAAGCAGAGUGAAUUCUUGAAGGAAAAGGUAAGUGAUGCUAAGAAAGUGGAUGGUUUUAUAAGUGAAUUAAAAGAUAGUAUGAAACCAGACUUAGAUCAAUCAUUUACUGAUUUUAAGACAUACCUUGAUACUACAUAUGGAAAGAAUGGCGAAAAACUAUAGUAGAGCUCAAAGCAGGUUUAAAAGAAAUGUUAAAAGAGUUGCUAAAUGCAUUUGCAGCUUGCUCCUAUGAUUAUAUUAUUUGCCUGAGGUAAAUGACAGACUAGUGAUUUUGAAGUAUGAUGCACAAUGUGUUCAACAAACAGUAUGCCAGACCAUGCCUUACAAAAUAAUACCCUUGAAAGGACACUGAAUUUCCUUUCUUGUUAUUUUUCUCUAACGUAUCAAUGCUCAAGUUAACCUUACUUAAAAAGUACUCUUAAGUGAAAUUACUUGUAAAAUGUAUUACUCAGACACUAAAUAUUCACUUUUAUUUUAAUUUUGUUGUCAGGUUUAUUCAUUGGUUGUUAUUUUGUAGUGUCAGGGCAUUAACCUCUUCCAUGGCUGAAUUACAUUUGUUAAAAAUGAGGAAAAUCUUUAUGCAUGUCAUCACACAGGAAACCAAGACCCUGCUCAUCCACACUUAGUGUUGUUGAAUGAAAGAUAAUCCUGCAUUUAUGUAUUAAAAAAAUAUAGGGGUAGGAAAUAUGGCAGUUCAGGGCAACAUUUGAAUGGUGAUAUCUGUGCACUUUUGGAAAGGUAGCUAUUGAAUGAUUUAUGGUCAACAUAGUUUUCUUUGUUUUGGGUCACUCUACUUUGGUGAGAGACAGCUGUUUAUUAAUAAAUGAUUUUUCUACUGUACGUACUAAAUACUACUUUAUAACUUAUAAUUAUACUCUCCAUCGCACCAAAACUUUGGGUAACUGACUUUGAUGGCGAUAAACCUACUGCUGUUUCUUAAAUACCUGACAAUCUUUAACUGCUCAGUUAGCUUGGCCAGCAUUUGAUCCUCCUUCGAAUGUAUUUCCCAUACAGGUGUGUAUAAUAUGAAGAGGAAACUUUUAUUUUGACUUUCAUUCAGGGUUGAGCAUUAUCAUCCUAGAGGAAAAUGUAGUCCCAGUAAAAGCUUUUUCUACACAUUUUGCCAAUAUGCUUCUACAUCCAGCUUGUUUUCCUUAGUUUUGUUGAGUAGAAACCCACGAGUUACAAAGGCUAGGUACGAGGCUCUAUGAAAGGUAGAAGGAGCAGUUAUUAACUUUAAUCUGACCCCACAUAGCUGUGGGAUGUUCCCCUUUGGGUCCAAGAAUAAACCAACAGAAGGUUGUAAUGUGUGCAGUACCAUAGUAUCAGGUAGCAUUUGUGUUUACUGAAUGAACUUGCAUAAUUUUAUUGUUGAUUUCUUUACAUUCCAUAAUAAGUAUCAGAAAAUGUAUGAUUUAAGUCUGUUUUACUGUUCUCUAUGUAAUGUUAUUUUUAAUAGGCUUAUUAUUUAAACAGUUAUGGUUAUUUAGAUGUGCCAUUGUGACAUUAAUUCUGAAUUUGAUAUGUAUUUUGGCAAUUUUGAUAAUUUCAAAAACUUUAAAUAUAAGAAAAUUAUUUAUGUAUAUAAUAAAAAACUGUAUGCAGCAUAUAUAAUUAUAGAUAUUUGUCUUAUUCAAGAAGUCAAAUUUAUUUUUAAUUACAAAGAAAAUGAGGAGUUACUUUCACUAUCAUUUUAAAUGACCCUUUAACCCUUUGACUCUUUCGGUCGUAUAUAUACAUCUUUCGAGUCAUUGUGUUUGAUGUAUAUAUACUCAAAAAUUCUAGUGGCUUCAAAUCAAGCGGGAGAAAGCUGGUGGGCCCACAUGUGAGAGAAGGGGUCUGUGUGGCCAGUGUGCACAGUAUAAAAAAAAAUCCUGCAGCAAGCAGUGCAUAAUGAGAAAAAAAAAACUCCGACAGUGUUCUUGGAUU